AUGCGGCACGGUCUGUAUUUCCUCUUCUUCCUCCUUUGGGAUGGAAGGCUUCUGGAGGGAAGCAAUGUGGAAAGGCAGCUAAUGGAGGACCUCCUAACAAAUUACAUUAAGGUUCUCCCCGUCGAGACACCUAAUACCUCACUCGUGGUCUCCUUUCGGCUCAUUCUCUUUCGGAUCAUCGAAUUGGACGAGAGGAACCAGGCCCUCGUGACCAACGUGGAGGUCGUUCAACGAUGGAACGAUGCCCAUCUGAAAUGGAACGCAAGUGAUUAUGGUGGAAUCAAGCAGACCAUGAUACCGUAUGACUCAAUCUGGACUCCGGACAUCAUCCUCUACAAUAGCGCGGCGAUGGACUACAGCAAUCGGGUGCUGACGACGAACGCAAUCGUGAGCUCGACGGGCGACGUCACCCUGCUAACGGCCGCCAUUUUCCGCUCUGUUUGCGACGUGGACGUCUCUUACUUCCCGUUCGACAUCCAGAAUUGCACGAUGCGCUUCAUGUCAUGGACCCAAGACGAGACCAGAAUUCAGAUGAAGCUGGACCACAACAAAACGAUCGAGUUGAAGACAUACAUUGAGGACGAAGAGUUCACGCUGGAAUCUUACGACGCCAAAUGGCUUGAGGUAGAGGAUCCGUGUUGUCCCAAACCAUUCUCUACGGUGGACUAUGUCAUUCAGAUCAAGCGCCGCGCUGCUUUCUUCGUCAUCAACUAUGUCCUCCCCAUGAUUGACAUCAACGUCAUCGGCAUGACAUCACCUUUAUCGAGCGGGGAGAAGGUGACGCUGGGAAUCUCCACCAUGCUCACCAUCAUCUUCUUCCUCAUGAGCAUCCGCGAUGUCCUCCCGCCCUCCGAAAACUUCCCUCUCAUCGGGAAAUUCUACUUCGCGAGCAUCUGCCUGGUGUCAAUGGAGGUGGCCCUCGCCAUCCUCACCCUGUUUCUCCAUCACUUGAAAGACAUCCGAGUCCAGAAAAUGUGUCGGAUGUUGGCCAAACUAUCCUGCAUGAAGGAGCCACGAUUCCGCAACGUGAAGGGGGAACCGCGUGAAAACAAGAAAGGGAAGAUGGAAUUCACCGACGGGUUACCACCUCCCUUCCUCUAUGGAGACAAGAUAGCUUCGAGUAGACGACCCUGUUGGAAGAGCCCAGUCGAACGCAUGAAGAAGGAACUGAUGACAGGUACGAUAGACACCUAUACAAUAUGA